GAAGAGCAGAUCGGAUUCUGCGCGCGCCAAAGGUGAGAGCUUCCACGUCAAGAAAGACACCAACUUCUUCUUCCUCCGCGGCUCUCUCACUCUAGCACAGAUUCUCUCCUCUCUCCAAAGCACACUACCUCCCCACAAAAGCAAAAGCAACCACUCGAUCGGUCCACCACCCCCACGCCGAUCGAUCAUAAGGAACCGUAUUCCCUUCGCCGUCGCCUUCUCGCUUCCUUUUUUUCCCCCUCCACACCAGCGUCUCCACCUUCCCCUGCUUCCUCUGUUCCGCCCAUGGCGGCCGGCGGUGGCGGUGGUGGCCCGCCGCCGCCGAUGGUGCGGAGGCUGGCCGUCGAGGUGGUGGACGCGCGGGACCUCGUGCCCAAGGACGGGCUCGGCACGUCCAGCGCCUUCGCGGUGGUGGACUUCGACGGCCAGCGGAAGCGCACGCGGACCGUGCCGCGGGACCUCAACCCGCAGUGGCACGAGCGCCUCGAGUUCGCCGUGCACGACCCGGCCAACAUGCACGCCGAGGCGCUCGACGUCUCGCUCUACCACGACCGCCGCUUCAACCCCUCCGGAGGCGGCGGCGGCAAGAAUCAAUUCCUUGGCCGCGUCCGCAUCUACGGCUCCCAGUUCUCGCGCCGCGGCCAGGAGGGCAUCGUCUACUUCCCGCUCGAGAAGCGCAGCCUGCUCAGCUGGAUCCGCGGCGAGGUCGGGCUCAAGAUUUACUACUACGACGAGCCGGCGGAAGGGCCGCCGCCGCCCCCGGAGGACAAGCCGCCGGAGCAGGCCGACAACGCGCCGCCGCCGGAGGUCCCUCCGGAAGCGCCCAAGGAGCUCCAUGAGAUGCCCGCGCCGACCGAGGCCGCCGUCGAGGUGCAGCAGCCGGCGGGGCAGCCUCCAAUCAUUAACGUGGAGGAAGCGCCCAUGCACCCACCGAUGAUGAUGCCGCCGAUGCACGGCCCCCACGGUCCAAUGAUGAUGCCGCCGCCAAUGCACGGGCCGCACGGCCCCCAUGGCGGCACCAUGAUGCCGCCGCCGGUGCACGGGCCGCACGGGCCAAUGACGCCGCCGCCACCGGAGCCACCGCCGGAGCCGGAGCCCGUACCGCAGCCGGAGGGCGGCGAUCCGUACCCUCCCGAGGUGCGCAAGACGCGGAUGGCGUCGAGUACGGAGCGCGUCCGCGUGGUGCGCUACCCGGAUUACCACGCCUCCUCGCCCCGCAUCAUUCCCGGGCGGUUCGCGUCCGCCGGCGAAUCCGUGGAGCCGGUGCAGUCGGCGUCGUACGACCUGGUGGAGCCGAUGCGCUACCUGUUCGUGCGCGUGGUGCGGGUGCGCGGCAUCCGCGCCUGCGAGGGCCCUUACGUGAAGGUCCAGGCAGGCCCGCACUCGCUCCGGUCGCGGCCCGGCCGCGACGUCUCCGGCACCGGCAACCCCGAGUGGAACCAGGUGUUCGCCAUCAGCCACGCGAGGCCGGAGCCGACGCUGGAGAUCUCCGUGUGGGACGGCGGGGCGCCCUCCCCCGCGGAGGCCUUCCUCGGCGGCGUGUGCUUCGACCUCUCCGACGUGCCGGUCCGGGACCAGCCGGACGGCCCGCUGGCGCCGCAGUGGUACCGGCUCGAGGGCGGCGAGCCGGGCAUGGUGACGGGGGACAUCAUGGUGGCGGUGUGGAUCGGCACGCAGGCCGACGACGCGUUCCCGGAGGCGUGGAACACGGACGCGCCGUACGCCGCGUACACGCGGUCCAAGGUGUACCAGUCGCCCAAGCUCUGGUACCUGCGCGCGUCGGUGAUCGAGGCGCAGGACCUCCGCGUGCCGGCGCCGCCGCCGGGGCUCCCGUUCGACGUGCGCGUCAAGGUGCAGCUCGGCUUCCAGUCGGCGCGGACGCGGCGGUCGGUGGCGAGCAGCACCGGCUCCGCGUUCGCGUGGUCCGAGGACCUCAUGUUCGUCGCGUCCGAGCCGCUGGACGACACCCUCGUCGUGCUCGUUGAGGACCGGUCCAUGAUCAAGGAGCCCGCGCUGCUGGGCCACGCCACCAUCCCGGUGGCCUCCAUCGAGCAGCGCCUUGACGAGCGGCAGAUCGUGGCUUCGAGGUGGUUCAACCUGGAAGGCGGCAGCGAUGGCGGCGGCCCGCCGGGGGGCUUCUACUCCGGGCGGCUGCACCUCCGGCUGUGCCUGGAAGGCGGGUACCACGUGCUGGACGAGGCGGCGCACGUGUGCAGCGACUACCGGCCGACGGCGAAGCAGCUGUGGAAGCCGCCGGUGGGCGUGCUGGAGCUGGGCAUCAUCGACGCGUGCAGCCUGCUGCCGAUGAAGACGAAAGGCGGCGCCAAGGGGUGCACGGACGCCUACUGCGUGGCCAAGUACGGCAAGAAGUGGGUGCGCACCCGCACCGUGACCGACAGCCUGAACCCGCGGUGGAACGAGCAGUACACGUGGCAGGUGUACGACCCCUGCACGGUGCUGACGGUGGCCGUGUUCGACAACUGGCGCAUGUUCGCCGGCGCCGGCGACGACCGCCAGGACUACCGCGUCGGCAAGGUGCGGGUGCGCGUGUCGACGCUGGAGAGCAACCGCGUUUACACGGCGUCGUACCCGCUGCUGGUGCUGCUACGGUCGGGGCUGAAGAAGAUGGGCGAGGUGCGGCUGGCCGUGCGGCUCUCGUCGCCGGCGGCUCUGCCGGACACGUGGGUCACCUACACGUCGCCGCUGCUGCCGCGCAUGCACUACCUGCGCCCGAUCGGCGUCGCGCAGCAGGAGGCGCUCCGCGGCGCCGCCGUGCGCACGGUGGCCACGUGGCUGGCGCGGUCGGAGCCGCCGCUGGGGCCGGAGGUUGUCAAGUACAUGCUGGACGCGGACGCGCACACGUGGAGCGUGCGGCGCGCCAAGGCCAACUGGUUCCGCAUCAUGGGGGUGCUGGCCUGGGCCGUCGGGCUGGCGCGGUGGCUCGACGGCGUCAAGCGGUGGCGCAACCCGUCCACCACCGUGCUCGUCCACGCGCUCUACCUGGUGCUCGUCUGGUACCCGGAGCUGGUGGUCCCCACGGCGUCGCUGUACGUGUUCAUGAUCGGCGUGUGGUACUACCGGUUCCGGCCUCGUGGCCCCGCCGGGAUGGACGCGCGGCUGUCGCAGGCCGACACGGUGGACGGCGACGAGCUGGAGGAGGAGUUCGACCCGGUGCCGCCGCCGGACGUGCUGCGGCUCCGGUACGAGCGGCUCCGCACGCUGGCCGGGCGCGUGCAGCGCGUCAUGGGCGACGUCGCGGCGCAGGGGGAGCGGCUGCAGGCGCUCGUGAGCUGGAGGGACCCGCGCGCCAGCCGGAUCUUCGUGGGCGUCUGCCUCGCCGUGGCCGUCGCGCUCUACGCCAUGCCGCCCAAGAUGGUGGCCGUGGCCAGCGGGUUCUACUACCUGCGACACCCGAUGUUCCGGGACCCCAUGCCGCCGCCGGCCGUCAACUUCUUCCGCCGGCUGCCCAGCCUCUCGGACAGGUUGCUCUGACUCUCAGGAGAGUGGCGCGAGCUUGCUUUUUUUUCCCCCUCCACCCCUGAUUAUUCCCCAUUUUGCUGUGUAAUAAAAUCGGUGCAAAAGUGAUGUAUCGGACCGGAAGAGGAUAGAUAUUGAUAUUGCUGUAUUCAUAAGCAUAUAUAGAUAGUGCAUUCUAAAAGGAACAUAGAGAUAGCAGUAUAGUUGUCAUGGCAAUUUGCUACAUUUGUUCAGCUCUGCUUCAGCCCAUCUCAACAAGAAAUCCAUUUGAGUUCAGAAUUUCGGAAAA